AUGACCGCCACAGCCAGUCAGUCGCAGUUCCGACGCUGGAGCCAGUGGGACCUCGUCUUUGUGGCGGCCCGGGUAUGGUUAUUGGUCCUUUCACCAGUGCUUCUGGCCUUGCCUGCCUGCGGCCAGAACUGUUUCGGCGGCAUCGAAAGCUUCGAAAAGACGACGGGCCUCGCCUUUUCGGGCUCGGUGAGCGGACAGACGCUGCUGCAGCAGCCGGACCAGGCGCUCACCAGAGACUGCAUCAACCUGUGCAAGCAGCAGGCGCAGUGUCUCGCCUUCUCGCUCAACUACGUCGGCUUCCGAUGCGCCUCGUUCAACCUCAACUCGAUCGGCCGCCGAGACCUGCUCGUGGCCACGCCAAGCACAAACUACUUCGAGAAGAUCUGCUUCAGAGGAGUGCAGAAGAGUUCCUUCGACGCGCUGUGCGGCGACCGGCUGUGGGCCUUCGAGCGCGUCAAGGAGGGUCACCUGGAGGGCUUCGUUGAUCGCGAAGAGCACAACGUCAAGGACAAGGAGGAGUGCGAGAAGAUGUGCCUGCUCGAGGAGGCCUUCCCUUGCCGCUCGGCCGACUACGACGAGGUGGCCAAGACGUGCCGCAUGAGCCGCGAGGACCGGCGCUCGCAGCCGCAGGCCUUCCGACAGGUGCCCGGCAGCACCAGGGACUACCUCGAGAACCAGUGCUCCGCGACCGCUCCGACGUCGUGCCGCUACGAGACCCGGGUCGGCGUGGGCGUGGUGUCCAUGGACCUUCUACAGUUCGCCACGGCCGUGGACGACUGCCAGACGCAGUGCGACCGCGAGACCACCUUUAACUGUCGCGCCUACUCGUACAUGGAGAACCGGUGCUAUCUGAGCGGCGACGACACCAUCAGCCUGGGUCCCAGCGGGCUGCCGCCCAUGACUAACGCGGCUUACGGUGAAAAGAAGUGCAUCACUGAGCAGUGUACGCUUGGCGUGUUCACGUACGAAAAGAUGACAGGCUUCGUAAUGCGGUCGGCAGCGCGCACCGCCAUACCGCUGUCGAGUCCCGGCGCCCUCGGAAACACGCUGGAGUGCCGGCAGUUCUGCCAGAUGUCCGGCCUCGACUGCCCGGCCUUCAGCGUCAACUACCAGAACAUGCGCUGCGACAAACUGGACCGGAACUCGCAGGGGAGGACGCAGGAACUCAGCCCAAGGGCGGGAGAGAACUACUUCGAGAAGAUCUGUCUGAGAGGCAACUUCGCCACGGCCUGUCAGGGCAAAGCGUGGGCCUUCGAGCGGGUGCUGGGCUUGGAGCUGGUGCCCACGCUGUACGACAAGUCGUUCGCGCACGUUCAGAGCCGGCGCGACUGCGAGGAGUACUGCCUCAACGAGCAGACCUUCGACUGCCGAUCGGCGGUGUACUUUGACGACACGGCCGAGUGCCGCCUGAGCCGCCACGACCGAAGAACGCAGCCCGACGGAGUGAUCAAGAGCUCGAGCCCCAGGAUUAACUAUCUGGAGAACCAGUGCCUCGAAGUGUCUCCAACGUGCCCGUACGAGAAGACCGCCGACGCCUAUCCGGUGUACACUGACGUGGUGCAAAUGACCGGCAUCAUAUCCGAGCAGUCGUGCGAGUCGUUUUGCACAACCUACCCGAACUUCAACUGCCGUUCGUUCGCCUACUACCCGAGCAACGGACAGUGCUUCAUAAGCGGCGAUGAUCGCAUAAGCGCUGGUCCGGCCAGCACCAAUUCCCGGCCCGGCAUCCUGUUCUACGAGCGCUCAUGCAAGGACGGCGUCGGUGUGACCGACGGUGGUUCGGGCACCACGGCUGCCGGUGGAGGCACCUCGUCGUCCACGGGUGCCACCAGUUCGUCGCCCACUUUUCCGACGGCGCAGCCGCCGCACACGCCCACGCUGUUCCCGCCCACAGUCCGGCACUGCAGCGCCGGCGAGAAACUUUCGUUCGCCCGGGUGUCGGGCCACGAGUCGGCCUCGCGGCCCGGUCCCAUACUGCUGACGGCCCCGGCCGACGGAAUGACCAAGGAGUGCAUACUGCGCUGCGAGCAGCGGGACGAUUGCCACUCGUUCAGCAUCGACUACCGACGCCACGAGUGCUACAUCGCCGGCUACUACUCCGGCUCGCUGCCCGCUCACCUCAGGCCCAGUCCCGGAAAGACGUACUUCGAGGGAAUCUGCGUACCCGCCUCGGUCGCCUGCCAGCGGCUGUGGGCGUUCGAGCGCAUGGUGGACCAAGAACUGCGAGGCGUGAGUCCUCGCGAGGCGACGCGGUUCAUCACGCUGCACGACUGCGAGCGGCGCUGCUUCGAGGAGCGUCGCUUCCCGUGCAAGUCGGCCAGUUACGACGUCAACCUGCAGGAGUGCCGCCUGUACGCCGACGACCGAAACUCGCGAUUCGCCCGUCUCAUCUACGGCCGCGGCGUCUACUACCUCGAGAACCAGUGCACCGUCAACACGAGUCCCUGUCCAUACGCUCCGAUCCAGCGCGACGUGUACAUGACGCACAUAACGCGCGUGGUGCACGGCGUCAGCUCGACCUUCCACUGCGAGAUGGAAUGCAACCGCGAGCCGGACUUCAACUGCCGCUCGUACACGUACGUGGAGCACGGCACGCUGGGGCCUCCGCAGUGCCUGCUGUCGGCCGACAGCCGGCCCGGAGUGUCGCCCAUCGUGCUCGAGUACCGCAGCCGGGCCCUGUACGCCGAGAAGGACUGCCACAUGGACGACGAGAGCCGGAACAACGGAGUCGUCGGCGGCACGUCGCACCCGCCUCCGUACCCGCACACACCGCCGAGCCCGCCGCACAGGCCAUACCCGGCCCCUCCUCCUCCUCCGCCCCCACCACAUCCGGGGUCUUCGCCACCCUCGCAGCAUCCUCCGCCGGUUGGCUCGGCACCGACACCAUAUCCGCCGAGGCCUCCUCCCGGGGACUACAGCCCGUACCCGCCUCCUCGGUUCUGCACGUACGAGCAGUACACGUACGAGAAGACCAUCGGCCACGACAUGAGGUACGCGCCAAGGGAGCGUAUACCAACGCGCUCGGCAGUGGGCGUGGUGCGUGACGCGUACACCGAGUGCCAGCGGCUGGGAGACCGGUGCCGUGCCUUCGUCAUCGAGUACGGAAACUUCCAGUCGGCAUCGUGGCUCUCCACCGCCGCCGAGGACAACCGGCAGCUGCUGUCUGCGAACCCCGUCAUGGCCUACUUCGAGAAGAUAUGCCUCCAGGAGCCCACGUGCGGCAAGAUGUGGUCCUUCGAGCGGACCGUGGGCCACACGUUGGGUGGCGACGCGGACCGCGAAGUGCCGGGCGUCCUGCGGCGCGCCCAGUGCGAGGACCUGUGCCUGCGCGAACGGACGUUCGUGUGCCGCUCGGCCACCUACCAGCAGUCGCGGCUCCUGUGCCGGCUGCACGCCGAGAACCGGCGCACCCGGCCGGCGCUGUACGCGCGCACCGCCGAGGACGUCGACUACCUGGAGAACACGUGUGCCCCGGAGCCGUCGACGUGCCAGUACCGCGAGCACGUGGAUCGGUUCCUGCCCAUCAUCGACCGGCUGGGCCACGCGUUCAGCCUGGCCGAGUGCCAGCGCCAGUGCGACCUGGAGCGCCUGUUCAGCUGCCGCGCCGUCAACUUCGAGACGGUGCACCGCGACUGUGCGCUGAGCAGCGAGGACGCCCACAGCACGCCGCUGGGAACGGCCGCGCUCGCCUACCGAAGAUACUCGGUCUACAGCGAGAAAGGGACGUGCGAACAGGUGAGCGUGCAGUGCAACCAGCAGGACAUGCUGCUGGCGAUGAACUUCGACACACCAUUCCACGGCCGCGUCUACGCCAAGGGCAACCCGUCCCAGUGCUUUGUGGUCGGCAACGGCCAGAACACGCUCCAGUUCGCCGUCUCCCUCGGCACUCGCUGCGGCACGCUGACCGAGGGUGAUGGUCGCUACGCCAACGAAGUGGUCGUCCAGCAACACCCGAUCAUCAUGACCGACACCGACCGCAACAUUCGCGUCGUGUGCUCCUUCGAAGCCGGCGACAGGACGGUCACGCUGGGCUCCAGUUUCGCGCGGAACGGCGCCUACAGCGGUGGUCUGGACGUUACAACUCGCCACCAGCCGACCAUAACGUCCGUCGUGACCAACACCGCCCCGCCGCCCAACGUGGUCAUGCGAAUCCUGGACCCCAGCGGGCGUGAUGCAGGAGUGGUCGGCCUCGGGGACGAGCUCACGCUCAGGAUCGAAAUACAAGAACCCGGCAGUGCAUUCGCAAUUUUCGCAAGGAACCUUUACGCCAGGAGUUCCAAUGGCGAAUCACUUUUCCUCAUUGACAGCCUGGGGUGUCCCGUGGACCCGACCAUAUUCCCGCCUCUUCGGCCGGACUACCGACAACCGGGCGCACUGUUCGCCAACUUCAAGGCGUUUCGGUUUCCCUCGUCUGGACUGGUCAACUUCGAGGUGCAAAUCAGGUUCUGCCAAGACAGGUGUGAUCCCGUUCACUGCCAGGGAGGCGGAGAGUCGUUCGGCCGCAGAAGGAGGGACGUGUCCUUCCCUCCCCUCGCGAGGUACGCCUUCGGGAACAGGACGAGGCCGAUCUUCCUGAAAGCGCACAAACCGACGAUCGUCAUAAGACCAUAUGCAGUGCGAACCACGGCGUCGCCCGCCACCACCAGUACGAACGAGCCGCCCGUGACGACUACGGCCACUCAAGCUCCCGAGACCACGACGGUCGAACCCGCUACCACGACGACAACGUUCACGGAGGACACGUUAACGACCCAAACAGAGAGCCUUGCGGAGACCACCACCGCGAGCCCAGAGUCCACAACAGAUGAUGCCUCGACGACGGCAGGGGCUCCAGUCGAAAACACUACCGAUGCCGUCACGCAAGAACCCCCUCAGAACGUAACGUUCGCCGAGGAAGCAGCCGAGGAAACGGUGGCUACAACCUUGACCUCCUUUCCCGAUACAAACGAAACCCUUCGCUUUGAUUCGGAAGAAGUGGACGGGGAUGCAUACGAUGACGCCGAGGAAAGCGAACCGCACUUGAUGUUCCGGAAGCAGGAAAUGUACCUGCCCGAGGAAGGAAACGCCAGCAGCCCGGAAGUGCAGGAACCUCGGAAGGAAGGGGACAAGAUCGAGCAAGUGUCCUCGGCUGUUGUGUUCCGCAACCCCGAUUCCUCUGGCCCACAAGUACAGCGGGGUCCAUCGCAACAGGCAACGGCCGUUCCUUUCGACUUGACUUCUCAACCUUACGGCGGCUACGGUUUGGGCUACGGCCGCCACUACGACUCACCACCACCACCACCGUACGGCGGUCAGAGCCCCUACGGGCAUGGUGGCUAUUACGAGGAUCGCGUUAGUCAAACAUAUGCGGAUGCUCGCCACGGAAUGCCGCCACAUGCGACGCAAUCUUUUUCGCACGGCUGGAGAGAGAUUCCGUACGGUCCACCGCCGAGACCGGUGGCCAUCGAGCCAGGAGCCGAGCGGCAUCGUUACGAAAAUCGCCGAUUAGAACGGCCUGAUCACCGCGGCUCGGCCGGAAACGAGCAGAAGAAGGAACUUUCCGGAAACCGUGGACUCCAUUACUACGAAGCGGCGGGACACCAUCGCGAGUUCAACCGAACCACGGACCGCGUAAACGCGUCGUUAUGGCAAACGAGAUCGGAUCUAGCUUCCGGUAGGGAGUCCCAAAAGCCAGGUCUAGAAGCGGACUCCACCGGCCACAUUCGAGAAAGCGUUAACGGUGAUGACGGCUCGUUUCGCGGGGAACAACGCGAAAGAACGGCCAACCAGUACAACAAUGGAACUCGUCCCCGUGACAACUCCUGGCACGGAGCUCUACAUUCACCUACUGCGGAAAGGAAGAGCGACGCCUUGAAUUUCUCUCCCGGAAACAACGAAACGAAAGCGACGUUAAGCCUCGCAGACAGUGAAGACAACGCGCUGUUCCAACAUCACCAGCAGCAGCAACAGCAACAGCAGCAGAUGACGACGAAUUCCAGCGGCCAGUUCGUCGUGCGAGAGAUGGAGGGAGGGUACGGCGGGCCUUCUUCGGCGUUGCGCGAGAUCGUCGCCACGACCGAGAAGCCGUAUCCAGAGGAAGUUCCGCUCUCGCUAGCCAUUAUGGUGGGCGAAGACAGCGGCGGAGGCGGCGGGAAGCCCCACAACAGCUGGGCCAGGAACGCCGCCACUAACUCCGGCGGUGGCGUCUACCAGCCUCCACGUAGCCGAAAACGAGAGCCACCGCUUCCCAGGCCGGUCGAGGAGGAGCCCGCCUGCGAUCCGCAGAACACCAUCAUAAUCACCGCACUGGUCGUGUCGGCCAUCCACGUGGGCCUCAUGCUGGGCGGCUUCUUCUGCUUCCGGUGGCAGCGGCGCUCCAUGAAGCGCAAGCAGCUCAUCGCCUCCGUCAUGGGAGACUUCCGGAUGCCCUCAGGCGCCGGCGUCACUUCCGCCGCAAUGCCCGCCGUGCAUCAUGCGACGACAUCGGCGGCAGCUCCGGGUCGCAGCCACUACAGCCCCGCGUCCCCCUCACGGGUGCCCGGCGGACCCAUGGUGUACGGCAAGGCGGACACGUCCUUUCGCCAGAUGUACAGUGACUUCGAGACUCCGCCAUGA